UCAGUCCAGUCCCUGCUAACAGCAAAUUCAAAAAAUUUUAUUUCACCAAAUGCAUAUAAUGUUUUGUUGUUGCAGAUCGCAGGCACUUUGAGUGGGCUGACACGAGGCUCCCACGGAUUCCACGUGCAUCAGAAUGGCGCUAUGGGAGUGGGCUGCGCCGAUGCCGGUUCCCAUUUCAAUCCAUGCGGUGUUAUGCACGGUGGGCCGAAUGAUGAGCACCGGCACGUCGGUGAUUUGGGAAAUAUCGUCGCUGAUACACAAGGGCAAGCACAUGUGUUAAUUCACGCAAACAACUUAUCACUUGAGGGACCUAAUUCAAUCGUGGGGCGAUCUGUUGUUAUUCAUGUUAAUAUGGAUGAUCAAGGAAAAGGCGGAACACCAGAAAGCGCUAGUACAGGCCAUUCUGGCGCACGAGCUGCAUGUGGCGUCAUUGGAAUUAUCGACCCAAUGCAA